UUCUCGUUGUAAUAGUUCUUGAAAAGAUUGGAUUGAUUGAUUGUAUCAAUCGAAUUUGACGCCGAUAUUUCAUAUUUCGGUGGAGUAAACGUUCAAACUGCAUGUAUACUGCCUAAGAAAGAUUGUCAUUUCCUUAGAGAUCCCUAAUAGGCCUGUCCUUUUCAAACGAAACAAACUCACACUUUACUUUCACGGUCUUUUAUCUCCUUUCGGAAGGGAUGUGACAUUUAGUUUUCAAAUUCGCAUUUUCCAUUGUACUUCAUAAUGACACUGUUACAUGGAAUGUAGUAAAAAUAUUGACUACGGAAUUUUUUUUAGCACACUUAUCCCACCUACUCAAUUUUUAGUUUGAUAGAAAUACCAGUAUUCAUGUACUUUAAUUACAUGUACACCUACACGUAAUAGUUAUUUGAUAGCUUUUUAAAUUAAAAUAAAUGCUCAUUAAUUAAAUCAUCCUUAAAGUAAACCAGUCAGUUAUUCAAAGAAAUUAAAGUUCUGAAAUAAUAUACAUCUCCCACAACUGCAUUUCAUUUUCACGUGUCCUCGAUUUCUCACCAGAGGGCGUAUUAACCUGCAAUACAAAGCGUGCCCUCUGUUGGUUAUUGAUGUGACCUAACAGCCCAAACAUUACUUCGUAGUGAACAUGAAAAUAUAUAAUACUGUUUGGUAUGCAAUAUAAAGCAGUUCAAUUAUGUUGCUCUUAGUCGGUGUUAACUCAACCAGAAUAAUAACCAACUCCUUGCUUAUGUAAACUGACAUGGCAUUUUAACAACCUUGAAUUCCCUUAUUUAGCUUAGCCGUUCCAGAGCAAAGGCUGAAAAUUUUUAGAAGUGACGAUUAACGACGAGGGAUGAAAAUAGAUACCAAUAGGUCACCUAAAAAUUCAGUACAUUACGAGAAAUCGACAAGAAUCUAAAAUCAAGUGAGGGAACGAUGUGUUUGUGAAACACUGAUGGCAGCAAAGUUGAUAAUGACCAAGGUUAAAGUUUUUAAAAAGGAAGUCAAACCUCAUGAUCAAAAACUAUGGUGCCCAGAAAAGGUCUUGUUACAAGGAAUACACGUGUGAAAUAUGAAAGUAUUAUCACCAACCAUUACAAAAGUUAUGGCCAAGGUUAAAGUGUUUUGGGGACUAAAUGACAGACAGAUAAACCAAAAAAUAUAUGCCCUCGAAUCUCCAAUUAUAGGGCAUAACAAAGAUUCAAUCCAAUGAUCCUACAGACAUGUAAUUUGUAUUAAUAAGGCCUUAUGAAAAGAGCUAUCAUUACCGUUUAAUUAUCAUUGCCAAGGUUGAAGUUUUUCAAAAGUAGUGCAGACCCCAAGGUCAAGGUAACGAGGUAAAAAAAAAAAAAAACUAUCUAAAACAAGAUCUUGUCAAAAAUAAACAUGUGGAAUAUGAAAGUCCUAUCAUCAAUCAUUCAAAAGUUUUGACCAAGGUUAAAGUUAUUCAAGAGUAGGCCAAACCCCAAGGUAAAGUUCAUGAGAUCAAAAAUUUUACUACCAGAAAACAAGAGGCACACAGGCCUUAUCGGUCACCUGAAUACUAGUGAAAAGUAUCAUUACCAAAGGCUAUGAAAUCUAGAAAAAAAAAUCCUGUUCUGAAUAUCUAAGCUAAACUCUAAUGUUCAGCAACAGUAUAAAACAAGAUGUGUUCUUAAAAUUAAAUGUCCUCAAAGGUACAUACACUGAUGAAAGGCUUUACAUAAUAUAAUAUGUGUAUCAACAUUAAAAGAUAUGACUAAUCUGGACCCAUCCUAGAGUCAAAACCCUGGGUUGCGUAAUUCACCAUUUUUUGUAAAUCCUUUUCUGCUUUUCCUAAUUAUGCAUUUAGAUUUUACACAGUAUCAGCAAACUUUAAAAAGUCCUUCAAAUCAUUAUUAUAAUUUUGACACUACCCUGAAACCAAACCAUUACCCCUAUGAUCAUGCAAUUUACAAUUUUGGUAAAUGACUACCUACUCCUUCUAGAUACCCAUUUAGUUUCAAUUUAGUAUGAAUAGCACUAAAGAAUAUGUUAAUUAAAUGUUUUGCACAUCAACACUAUAUACUAAGUUUGACCCCACCCUGGGGUAAAACCCCUACCCCGGGGAUCAUGAAAUUUACAAUUAAGGUAGAGGCCUUCCUGCUCUACAUCAUUAUGCAUUUAGUUUUUCUUAAACAUGUACAGUUCUAGAAAAGAAGAUGUUUGAAAAUUGGUCAAUUUGGGGCAGUUUUUGCCCCGCCCCUAAGGCCCCAGGGAUGCAGGAGUCCUGGAAUUUACAAUCUAUGCCCCCCUUGUUCCAAAGAUGCUUCAUACCAAUUUGAAAAGAAUUGGAAUAGUAGUUAUCAAGAAGAAAUUAAAAAAUGUUAUUCUUCACACAUUUAAUUUGUUUUAAUUCACUCAGGAAACCUAAAAAUGUAUACACAUGUAAAAUAUGAAAGCUCUAUCACUAAUCAUUCAAAAGUUUUGGUCAAGGUUAAAAUUUUUGCAGAGAAACAGACCAAAAACUAUAUAUAUAUAUGUGUCCCGAAUCUUCGAUAACAGGGGGUAUAAAAACCAUAGUCUAAAUUUUCUUAUUUGUUUUAUAAACAAAGAUUGCGAUAAAUUUGUGACUGUCCAAAAUCAAGAUGAUGUAAAUCACAAAAACAUUUCACAUAAGAAGACUCUAGUCUUUGUUUAUAUAAUACAGAGUUUAGUCUUAUCCUUGCAUGCAGAAGAUCUAAAUUUUGGCUGUCAUCAUUAAAUGUGUUAUAUUUUUUUAUGUUUAACAUCAAAAAUGAAAAAUAUUUUUUUCCCGAAAAACGUGAACUAGUCCUUUUAAGCAUAUGUCACACGAACGACCUUGGAGUUUCAAGAUCGAACAAGAAUUGCGUUCUUUUCUCUCUUUUUUUUAACUGAAUGAUGAAAACCACAAAAGAUGGUAUGUGUCCAGCAAACUUCAUUUUCACUCUUCAUUUCUUUUGUUCAGAUUUUUGUUUGUACAAUAUACAUAGUAGAUCUGUAAUAUUCACGUUCCCUACAUGAUCUGUACCGUAGACACGCCCCCUGAACAAUUCCAAAUCAAUUCCACGGAGUACUUCACAGAAAAUUACUAGUUAUCUUUCCACUCUUACAACGAGAACCUUCAAAUAGUUCCAUAUCGACACCCGGCCCCGCCCACAUUUCUCAAUCUCCCUCUAAUUUAUAUAAUUAUAUGAAAUGUACGUAUUCAAUAUUGACAAAUCCUUGUAAUGCUUUAGAAAUCUGGUGAAAAGUGUUAAAACGAUUUAUCCAAUAUUCUUGGCCGAGAAUCAAUAUUGAUUGUCCGACAUUAUCAGACACACGAUACGAAGUUUCUUAAGAAAGUAGUUUUAAGUUAAUAAUAUUUAACAGCUUUCUCGAGUAAACAUUUUGGUAAAAUGUAAGGUUAUAGAGAGAGCACGAUUGAAAAACCUUUAAUGUUGGGAAAUAACAAAUGAAACUAAAGUUCGCAAAGUUCUGUCCACGUCUAAAUGCACCCCUGUACGUGUACAGUAAGCGGCCAGACGAUGCAAUUCCAUCACCCCCCCCCUUUUUUUUUUAAAUGUCUUAACGUAAUGUAAAUCCAAUACGUAAAUGACAUUAGAUCGAUUUAGUUCUUUGUAAAUUUAGUUUAUGCCGGGUUUUCAGUAUUGCAAAUAUAACUUUUGUUUUCCAUAAACAAAAAUGAGGGAGUCGAUCGAUUUUUUUUCCCCUUUCUGACAAAUGUUUUAUUUUAGUUUUAUGAGAAUAGAAGAACGGCAUGCCAGGUCCAGGAUAGUUUGCUUUGCCUCCGAAAAUGUAAAAGAGCAGUAAAUUACCCAUUACGAUGCCUUGUAGAGAUAACCAUAUUGCUUAGGACGACACUCGGUGUCUCAACAUUUUAUUGCGUAACCAAGCUUCAGAUGAAUCUGUAGUGAAAGGCAAAACAACUCUUAAUGUCUGAGAAGAAUCUGUGAAUGGUGUUGUGGCACCCUGUGUGUAGUUGUCUGUACGGCGUAUAUAAUGUGUAUAACAACAGAACCAUUCGCUAGGAACCGUGCAAUUAGAGAUAGAGGUGAAGUGUCAUAUCCGUAUAAACAAUACAUAAUGUUUGCGGAGCACACUGAGAUUUACCGAUAGAUAUUUUCCAACCAUCAGUGAACGUCAGCUGGGCGGUGGACAUAUACAAACCGCCAAUGGAUUAACGGUGAAAUGUAAUGACAAUCGGCAAACCCUGUCUCCUUCAGGUGCUGUGUACAAUUCCACAUUGAUUUUAACUUGAUCUAGUUUAUUCAUGCUUUAAGCUAGUGAACUUAGAUAUGGGGACCUUUUGUACGUUAAUGGUGUGUGUGGGGUUACUGGGUGGUGUCCUCAGCAUUCAGGAGCCGGCCGAGAAAAAGCUCCACGACCACCUUCUGAGUGACAAGUACAGUAAACUGAUUCGUCCUACGGGGAACAGCUCGGUGAAGCUGACUGUGAAGCUGGGACUAAGACUGUCACAACUUCUGGAGAUCGACGAGAAAAACCAAAUUAUGACGACCAGCGUUUGGCUUAGACAGGAAUGGGUUGAUCUGCGGUUACUAUGGGAUCCGAAGUCCUAUGGAGGGAUUCUGAUUACACACAUUCCUUCGGAGUCCCUCUGGAGACCAGACAUUGUACUGUACAACAAUGCAGAUGGAGCUUUUGAGAUCACACUUCUAACAAAGGCCACUGUUCACUACACAGGACGAAUCGUGUGGGAACCGCCCGCCAUUUACAAGAGCUACUGUCCGAUUGAUGUAGAGUUCUUUCCCUUUGACAUGCAGGAGUGCUUUAUGAAGUUUAGUUCUUGGACAUAUGAUGGAUAUGAAAUAGACUUACAACACGUGUGUGACUCUCAAGCUAUAUUCUACGAGGAAACGAAGGUGAAAAUUAUAGACCGUGGCAUCGACAUCAAGGAUUUUUACCAGAAUGUGGAAUGGGACGUCAUUAACGUCACGGCACGCCGGAAAGAGAAAUUCUACCCCUGUUGUCCUCAACCCUAUCCCGACAUCAUGUUCAACAUCACCCUUCGUCGGCGCACCUUAUUUUAUUCUCUUAACCUCAUCAUGCCUUGCUUAACGAUUUCCUGUCUUACAGUGCUGGUGUUCUACCUCCCUUCCGACAGCGGUGAGAAGAUCACCCUGUCAAUCUCCAUACUUCUAGCCCUCACUGUGUUCUUCCUGCUGCUGUCAGACAUCAGUCCCCCGACGUCUUUUGUAAUUCCAUUAAUUAGUAAAUACUUGUUGUUCACUAUGAUUGUAGUGACGUUAUCGAUAUUCCUAGCCGUGUACACUUUAGGCAUUCACUUCAGAAGACCCUCCACUCACCGAAUGAGUCCUUGGGUGAAAAGGGUUUUCACAGAGAUCCUACCGAAAAUACUGCUAAUGAAAAGACCUGACUUACACAGAAAAUCAAACAAUAAGUACAGAAGUAUGAACGGUAUAGAAAUGCGCGAUGUGGGCGAGAAUCACGGAAAUACAAGAGUUGGGUGGAACAUGGAUCUGCAGGAGGGAUUACGUGUCCGGAACCCCUCGGGAGAUUCCACAGAAAUAAAGAGAUAUCCAAAAGAAGUGCUAGAGGCCAUUGAAAGGGUCAAGUUUGUUGCUGACCAUCUAAGAGAAGCAGACGCCGACAACAUGGAAGAGAGAGACUGGAAGUAUGUUGCCAUGGUGAUGGAUCGUUUAUUUUUAUAUAUAUUUACCACAGCCUGCGUGUGCGGAACUCUUAGUAUUUUUUUAUAUGCACCAUCUCUGUAUGACCCCCGGGGUCCUCUUAGUUUGGAUGAUCAGCUGAAUUGUACAUAUUAACAAGGUGAAAUAUUAAUAACUUGGAAUUCAACUUAAUAUCGUUAUGCAGCUAUGAAUUGUACAUGAAUAUUGUUAUCAAUGACUGCAUAUAUAUACGUUUGUUCAUAUCCUUGAUGCAAUUCUUCAUAGUUUUAUACACGAACAUACUACUACUGUUCAUGUACACAAUUAACUGUUUAUAUUAGUAGGUACUAUUUUCACAUACACAAUAUAAUAGUUCAUUUUCGUGGAUACAAUCACUUGUACUGUAAUAAACGAUGUUAUGCAUAAAGUCAUCUAAAUUAUUGAACACUAUGAACAGUAAAUGCAUUCAUGUAGACGGUCAGUUCAGCAAGCCAAACUUAGUUUUCAUCUGUACGGUCAAUUCUACACAGUAAGCCAAACUAUCUACAUGAACUCAACUGUAACAUAACAAAUCGGUUUAGUUUUUCCAAAAUAAACAAAUAAUUAUACGAA